AUGAUAGGAUCAAUUGUAGUAUGUGCCAAUGAAUGUCGUGUUAAAAGCAAUGAUUCGGAUACUUUCAUGUCUUUGGAGUAUCUUGCACACUAUGGAAAUGUUACGGCCCAUUUGGAUGAGAAGGAAUUUACCGUUGGUGUGAGUUUUUGUCAGCCUGAUGAGUAUUCUUCGGAUGGGCUGAAGUGCGGUCCAGGGUAUAUGAUUAUUUACUAUGAAGGAUGUGGGGCUACCUUUACUUCUUCAGGAGAGCUAAGCGAAGAAAAUGGAACCAUAUUAUUUAAUCUUACAUCACAAAGCAAUUUUGUAGCAAAUAUGCAGGUGGAAUGCGAUAAAAUGGUAAACGGUUUGCAGGUAUUGGAGGCCAAUUUGACCUCAUCAAAAACUUAUUUUUUUCGUUUCGCUUCUAUGACUGUGUGUCCAGGCUAUAAAACCAAAGGUGGUGAUGAUUUUCUUUCUAAAGGUGCUAUAAUUGUUAUUGUCUCAGGAAUAGUGGGUGUCGUAAUUGCAACAGCGCUUAUAUUUCAGUGGAAGUCUAGAAGUCGCUCUGGCGAAGAUUAUACCCAACUUAUUUAG